AUGACGAACUGCUACAUCAACGACUUCAACGACGAAAUCUGCCACGACAGCGGCUGGCUCCUCUGGGGCCGCUGGGUCGUCCUCGGCAGUAUCCUGGCAGUCGCACUAGCAAUCUAUUUGAUCGCCGCCUGCCUCUCUGCGCGGAAACGUCAUCGAGCCGGUGUAAAGCCUUUCCCUGGGACGCAAUGGACGCUGGCAGUGAAUCCACCAGCAUAUCAGUCUAGAGAGUCGUUGCCUAUGUAUUCAGCGCGCGGUCGUAAAGCGCUUAGUGAUGUGGAAGGGGCUGAUGAGGUACCGAGGGCUCCGAGUGUUGCGAGAGUGCCGGAGGAGCGUGUUUGA